GUUGCAAUCUCUCGAGCGCAUCGCAUCCAUGAAGGUCAUCGCACCGCCGGGGGAGACUUGGGCUGCGUGGCUCUAUGAUGGUUGGCUGUCGAUGGCCGCCUGGGUACCCUUCCUGGUGGUGAGCCUUGGCCUGGUUCCGUCCGUGAUCCUGGCUGGCCUGAUGAUCUUUGAUGGCAGGUUUCAUUCCCGGCGGACGGUGCUCAUCGCCAUGUGGUGCGGCCUGGUGACCGGCACUUCGAGUCUCAGGACCGCCGUGUUCGCCAGCGUGGCAAGGUGGCGUGUUCAACUGUGCAUGAACAAGAACUACAUGGUCCUGCUGAAGAAGACAACGUCGGGUAUGUCGGGCGGGCACCACGAGUCUCGCCGGACCAAGCGCCUGGGUGGAGGGCGGAAG